AUGUCUCAACCUGGCAAGAAUUCUGCCAAGACGGCCUUGGAGAAGUUCAUCGGCGCCGAUCACACCGAACCCGAAGAGAAAGCGCCUUCAAUCACCAAUGCAGACCUUUACAUCGAAGAGGAGCCUACAGUCGGUGAAUUUCUUCGAGAAAUCACACCCAGCGCUCGUGCUGUUGGAGAAUACUUUUACAACCUCUUCCCGUUCUUGUCAUGGGUCGGCAAGUACAAUUUGAUCUGGUUCAUUGGUGAUUUGGUUGCCGGUAUCACUGUUGGUGCUGUCGUUGUUCCCCAGUCUAUGGCCUAUGCCCAGCUGGCACAGCUUCCCGUCGAAUAUGGAUUGUACUCAUCCUUCAUGGGUGUCUUGAUCUACUGGUUCUUCGCCACAUCAAAGGACAUCACCAUUGGUCCCGUCGCUGUCAUGUCCCAGGUCACAGGCAACAUCGUCCUCAAGGCUGCCGAUUCCCUGCCGGACGUUCCUGGUCACGUUGUCGCCUCCGCCCUUGCAGUCAUCGUCGGCUCAAUUGUCACAUUCCUUGGUCUCGCUCGUCUUGGCUGGCUCGUUGAGUUCAUCCCUCUGCCUUCCAUCUGCGCUUUCAUGACUGGCUCUGGUGUCAACAUUAUCGCUGGCCAGGUCCCCAAGCUUAUGGGCAUCAAGGGUGUCAACACCCGUCAGGCAACGUAUCGUGUGAUCAUCGACACCCUCAAGAACCUGGGUGGCAGCAAACUCGACGCUGCUAUUGGUCUGUCAGCCCUGACCAUGCUCUACCUGAUCCGUAUUUUCUGCAGCACCAUGGCCAAGAAGCAGCCCCAGCGCGCUAAGCUGUACUUCUUCAUUUCGACCCUGCGAACUGCUUUUGUCAUCCUGCUGUACGUUGGUAUCAGCGCUGGCAUGAACAUCAACCACCGCUCCAAGCCCCGCAUCAGCAUUGUCGGCGACGUUCCCAGUGGUUUCACUCACGCUGCUGUCCCCGAGAUCAACACCCCCAUUAUCAAGUCUUUCGUCUCUGAGCUUCCCGCUGCUGUCAUCGUUGUCCUGAUUGAACACAUCUCCAUCUCCAAGUCUUUCGGCCGUGUCAACAACUAUGUUAUCGACCCUUCUCAGGAACUUGUCGCGAUUGGUGUCAGCAACCUUCUCGGUCCCUUCCUUGGAGCUUACCCCGCCACUGGAUCUUUCUCCCGAACUGCCAUCAAGUCCAAGGCCGGUGUCCGAACUCCCUUUGCUGGUGUCAUCACUGCAAUUGUCGUCUUGCUUGCUCUCUACGCCCUUACUGCUGUCUUCUUCUACAUCCCUAACGCAGGCCUUGCUGGUGUCAUCAUCCACGCUGUCGGAGAUGUCAUUACUCCUCCCAAGGUUGUCUACCAGUUCUGGCGUGUCUCACCCAUCGAGGUCAUCAUCUUCUUCGCUGGUGUACUCGUCACCAUCUUCAGCUCCAUCGAGAACGGUAUCUACACCACGAUCGCUAUGUCCGCUGCUGUCGUCGUCUUCCGUCUCUUCAAGACCCGUGGCCGCUUCCUCGGUGUUGUCCGUGUCCGAACCAUGAAGGCCAACGUCAGUGACGGUACCGCCAGCCCUGGAUCCGUUGACGAGGGUGAGGGUUCUCUCCGAGCUGGUUUCCUUCCCCUUGAUCACGGCAACGGUUCCAACCCUAAGGUCAUCGUCCGCACUCCUUACCCUGGUGUCUUCAUCUACCGAUUUGCCGAGGGCUUCAACUACCCCAAUGCCUCUCACUACCUGAACCACCUCACCGAGACCAUCUUCCAGGAGUGCCGACGAACUAACCCUGCUCUUCUGGGUAAGCUUGGUGACCGGCCCUGGAACGACCGAGAGCCUCGCCACAUCAAGACUGUUGAUAAUGAUGAGAGACCUGUCCUCAAGGCCGUCGUCCUUGAUUUCUCCAGUGUCAACAACGUCGACGUUACUUCUAUCCAAGCUCUGAUUGAUGUUCGCAACCAACUUGACAAGUUCGCUGCUCCCGAGGUUGUCGACUGGCACUUCGCCAACAUCGAGAACCGAUGGACUAAGCGUGCUCUCGCUGCUGCUGGCUUCGGUUUCCGCACUCCCCGCACUAACCACGACGGCACUGGACAUUGGAAGGCUAUCUUCUCCAUUGCCGACCUCGGCGGUGAUGACAGCGCUGCUACUGCUGCUGCUCUCGAUGAGAAGGCCAAGAGCGCCCCCAUCAAGCAGGAUAUCGAGGCUGUUGACGACUCUAUCAACAGCAUUGGCUCCGAGAAGGGUGUAACAAGAGACCCAACCAGCGCUCGUCUCAUUGCUGUGCAGGGUCUCAACCGACCUUUCUUCCAUCUCGAUUUGCAGGAGGCCGUCGACGCUGCCGUUUCCGCCGCUGAGUUGAAGCAGCACUAA